AUGGGUCCUUCUGCGCCGAGGAUGGGUGAAGGGCGUCAGCAGCAAGAGGCUUCCGCGGAGAGGCGAGGGUCACCCCGCCAGCGGCCAGGCAGCGGUGGCGACGCCAGGGCGCAGCGCCUCCUGCUCCGGUUCUUCGUGCACGCGUGGCUGUGGGCGGCCUCGGGCUCAUCUGCCCAGGUUUUCAACCUCAGCCUUUCCGUGGACGAGGGACUGCCUCCGGACACUCUAGUCGGCGACAUUCGCGCCGGGUUGCCGGCUGCGCAGCAACAGGAGGGGGGCGGCUUCUUUCUGUCCGAGGAUUCAGAGGAUUCCCCGCUGCUGGACGACUUCCACGUGCAUCCGGACACCGGCAUCAUCCGUACGGCGAGGAGACUGGACCGCGAGCGGCGGGAUCACUACAGUUUCGUGGCCGCCACCCUGCUGGGCGAUGUGGUGCAGGUGGAGAUCCGUGUCAACGAUGUCAAUGACCACUCGCCCCGCUUUCCCCGAGACUCCUUGCAACUUGAUGUCUCCGAGCUUAGCCCCCCAGGUACGGCUUUUCGCCUGCCAGGUGCUCACGACCCGGACGCGGGGCUGUUCAGCACACAGGGUUACACCCUGGUGCAACCGUCCGACGCCUCCGAGGACCCCGCAGGACCCUUCUUCCAGUUGCGCUAUGGGACCCCCGGGUCGCCGCGGUCCUCUUCACCCCUGGAGCCCCUGGACCUGGUGCUGCUGCGGCGCUUGGACCGAGAGGAGGCGGCAGCACACGAGCUGCAGAUAGAAGCGUGGGACGGUGGCCGCCCGCGGCGCACAGGCCACUUGCGAGUGGAGCUGCUCGUGCUGGAUGAGAACGACAACCCGCCGGUCUUUGAGCAGGACGAGUACCGCGCCGCGGUGCGCGAGGACGCCCAGCCGGGUGCGGAGGUCUGCCGCGUGCGUGCCACGGACCGAGACCUGGGGCCCAAUGGCCAGGUGCGCUACCGCAUCCGUGCCCGGCAGGCGCCCGGGGCGGCGGGUGGUGGCGGGCUAUUAGGAGACGAGGCCCACUUCGAGGUGGAGGAGCUGAGCGGCGUGGUGCGCCUGCAAAGGCCGCUGGAUCGUGAGGCUCAGGCCUGGCACCAGCUGGUAGUCGAGGCCCGCGAUGGAGGUGCCGAGCCCGAGGUCGCCACUGUGCGAGUGUCCAUAGCUGUGCUGGACGUGAACGACAACCGGCCCACCAUCCACCUGCUCUUCCUCACCGAGGGGGGCGCAGCGCGAGUCUCUGAGGGUGCCCGACCUGGAGACUACGUGGCUCGAGUCUCGGUGUCUGACGCGGAUGGUGGCCCAGAGAAGGAAGAAGCUGGGGAACUUGGUAUGAGCUUCGGGGGCAGCACCAUCUCUCUGUCCUUGGAGGGCUCGGAGGGAGCCUUCGCCCUGCGGCCUGGAGGCUCCCCAGGGGUAUUUUUCCUUUGUGUCGAGGGGCCCCUGGACAGGGAGAGCCGCGACCUGUAUGAUUUGCGACUGGUGGCCACAGACACCGGGUCUCCACCGCUGAGCACGGAGGAGACGCUGCUGCUCCGGAUCGCAGACCUCAACGACCAGCCACCUGUCUUCAGCCAGGAGCAUUACCAGGCCUCAGUAUCCGAGGCGGCGGCCCCUGGCACCGUGGUGGUGUGGGUCAGCGCCUCCGACGCAGACGAAGCUGGCACCAGCCACGCCAUCCUGCGCUACAAGCUGGUCCACCUUCCUGCUCGCUGCAGCCAAGAGGCUCUGCGGCCCACGGUGGAGUGUGAACCAUCCUUCACCAUUGAUCCCCAAAGCGGCCUGGUCAGCACCACGCGGAGUCUGGACCGAGAGGUCCAGGAGGCUGUAGAGCUGAGAGUGGUGGCCCAAGACCUCGGGGAGCCCCCGCUGUCCGCCUCCUGCCUGGUGAGCAUUACUGUGGAGGACGUGAAUGACAACGAGCCCAUCUUCUGGAGGCAGGUGUACAACGCCACCCUUGUGGAGCAUGCCCCCGUGGGACACUGCUUUCUGCAGGUAAAGGCCUCUGAUGCGGAUGCAGGAGUCUACGGCUUGGUUGAGUAUUCUCUUUAUGAUGGGUUCCAGAGCUACGAAGCACCUCAAGCCUUCCAGAUUGAUCCACAUGAUGGGCGAAUCUGUGUUUCUCAAGAUACCGACAGGGAAAGGGAUCCAGCCACCUAUGAUCUCUUGGUGAAAGCUAAAGAUGGGGGUGGACUAAGUGCCCAAGCUUUUGUUCGUGUGGAACUGGAGGACAUGAAUGAUAAUGAACCUGUGUUUAACCCGUCUACCUACGUGAUAAGCAUUAGUGGCCAGACUCAGCCAGGAACCGAGAUCGCCAAUGUUCUUGCCACUGACAGGGAUUCUGGGAUAUAUGGAACAGUGGCUUACGAGCUCGUCCCCAGUGACCUGUCAUCCCUUUUUACCAUCGACUCUACCACAGGAAUUAUUUACUUAUCAUCCACCCUUAGUCAUUUGGAAUCCUCUACACUUCUGUUAAUGGUCCGAGCUCGAGAUGGUGGUGGGCUCCCAUCUGCCAUUAAUGCUGACGUCACCAUACACAUUCUUCAGACAGCUCUGGCACCGGCUGAAUUUGAAAGGCCUAAGUACACCUUCUCAGUUUAUGAAGAUGUGACUGAAGACAGUCCUGUUGGAGCAGUGAAAGCAAGAGAGUCCUUGAAUUCCUCGGAGCCAGUGUCUUACAGAAUCUCCUCGGGCGAUGAGCAGGGAAAGUUCUCCGUUCACCCGUGGCUGGGCACCAUUCGAACCCAGAAGCCUCUGGAUCACGAGACACAGCCCGUGUUCGUACUCACCGUCCAGGCGCAGCUCGGCAGCCCGCCAGCCUGCAGCAGCACAGAGGUCAACAUAACUGUAAUCGACGUCAACGACAACAGCCCAGUGUUUCCUAAAGCCUCCGACGAGGUAAAAGUACCCCGGCUCGCACUGCCUGGCACGGCCUUGUACCGUGCACGUGCGGAAGACAAGGACAGUGGCCGGAACGGAUUCAUCCGCUACUCCCUGGCCAGCCAGGACCCCAGCAUCUAUUCCAUCGACCCCGGGCUGGGGGUGGUGUACCUCAAUGGCAGCCUGGACGGCGACAUGCCCCAGAAGCACACACUAACUGUCAUGGCCCAGGACCUUGGCGUUCCUCCCCGAGCUUCCCUGUUCGUGCUGACAGUCAUUGUCGAGAAACAAGAAUCAAGCCCACCCUUGAUUUUUGGAAAUUUGGUCUAUCAAGUAGAAGUUAGUGAGUGUCUUUCGCUGAUGACCCAAAUACUGCAAAUACAAGCCUACCCGCUUGGCCCACAGCGAGAAACCUCCCGGUUUCUGUACUCGCUGGAGCCCAGCGCAGACUCAGCUGUGUUUGCCGUUCACCCCUACACAGGUUGGAUUUAUCUGCGGCGAUCGCUCGACUAUGAAUCAACCCAAACAUACAAUUUCAGAGUGUUUGCCCGGAUCCCAGGGGACAGACUGCCACACAACGCGAGCACUUUGGUCAUUGUUCACGUUCUGGAUGAGAAUGACAACCCCCCUGCCUUCCUGCACGAUGUGUUGUUUUUGAAAGUGGAGGAGAGCCCCCUUCCCCAAGGGGUAAUAGGCAGAAUUACAGCGAUUGACAGAGACUCGGGAAAGAAUGGGCAGCUGUCAUAUUUCCUUUUGUCCGAUGGAAGCUUCUUCAAGAUGAAUCCUCAUACAGGUGAGCUGAUCAGCUGGGUGGCGCUGGACCACGAACAGCAGGUGCACCAUCAGCUGACUGUCCUCGUGACUGACCAUGGCUCCCCACCUCGAAAUGCCAGCAUGGUGGUUUAUGUCUCAGUCACUGACAUCAAUGAUAACAGGCCAUACUUCCCACAGUGCUUACCCGGGAAGGAAUUACACAUCAAGGUUCUGGAAGGUCAGCCAGUAAAUAUGUUGGUCACAACAGUGUUCGCGAAGGAUCCGGACGAAGGAGACAAUGCAGAAGUUACGUAUUCAGUAUCUUCAGAAGAUAGGUCUGAUCAUUUCAAGAUUGAUACCAACAGUGGUGAAAUCAGAACAACUGCAAUACUUCUAUAUGAUUAUAGACCCUCCUACAGAAUGACUGUAAUUGCCCGGGACCAGGGCUUGCCUCCUCUUCAAGGACAGGCAGUUAUUAAUGUUCAGGUGAUACCACUAUCCAAAGGGAGAGGCACCAUUUCUCAGAAUAUUAGACAUUUAGUUAUACCAGAAAAUUUGAAGCCUGCAAAAAUAAUGAGCUUGGUAAAGUCACCUGAUCACUUCCAACAACAUCAUAAUGGAAAACUACAUUUUAGUAUCGCUGCAGAGGACAAGGAUGGUCACUUUGAAAUCAACAGCUCAACGGGGGACUUGUUCCUUUCUAAAGAACUUGAUUAUGAGAUGACGGCUCACUAUCUUUUCAGGGUGGUUACUAAAGACCACAGCAAAACCCCUCCCCUGUACAGCACAGCCUUCCUUAGUAUUGAUGUGGAAGACCAGAAUGACCAUUCCCCAUCUUUCCGGGAUGAGUUCAUUGUGAUAAGCGUAGAAGAGAAUGUCCCCAUAGGAACUCUGGUGCACGUGUUCAAUGCCAAAGAUGGAGAUGGCAGUUUUUUGAACAGUAGAAUCCAAUACUUCAUUGAAUCCCACCACCCCGGAAUCAAUCCAUUUCUCAUCCACCCCUCAUUUGGCACAUUAGUCACCGCAUUCCCCCUUGACAGAGAGAGAGUUCCGACUGUUGUCCUGACAAUAACUGCAUCCGACCAGGCUGUGAAUGUGACAGACCGGCGACUGAAAUCGCUAGUGGCAAAGGUGGUGAUUUUGGAUAUAAAUGACCACAGCCCCACUUUUAUGUCUUUCCCCAUCGCACAUGUCAAAGAGGAUGCCACAGUGGGCUCCUUGGUGCAUCACGUAGCUGCCCACGAUCCCGACGAGGGAAGGAAUGGAAGAGUGACGUACAGCAUUCUCUCGGGAAACGAAAACAUGGCCUUCAUGCUCGAUAAGUCGUCAGGCUUACUCACUACAACUUGCUCUCUGGAUUACGAAAUUAAAACUGAGCACAUUCUGACCCUUCUGGCACUAGACGAUGGUGUCCCAGCACUGUCUUCGUCCCAGACUCUGACAGUCACUGUUCUUGACGUAAACGAUGAGGCACCCAUGUUCAAGCAGCACCUAUAUCGAGCUUCAGUUAAAGAAAACCAAGGUCCGGGGGAGUUUGUCACAAGGGUUGAAGCUAUGGACAGAGAUUCAGGAAUCAAUUCCAAGCUUCAGUUUGAAAUCAUGCCAGGUGCAUCAUUUGGGUUGUUUGAGAUAAAUCCUGACACCGGAGAGGUGGUGACAACCACCACACUUGACAGAGAACUUCAGGAAGUCUUCACCCUCCAAGUGCUUGUACGAGACGGGGGUGUUCCUUCACUGUCUGGCACCACAACCAUUCUCUGUACCGUGGAAGAUGAAAAUGAUCAUGUCCCGAAGAUUAUUGUCCCCACCCAUGACAUUGAGGUUUUGGAAAACCAAGAGCCAGGGGUUGUCUACACUGUUUUGGCCUUUGACAUGGAUACCGGCAACAAUGGAGCUAUCAAGUAUCAUUUGAUUGAUGGAAAUACUGAUGGGUACUUUGCCAUUAAUGAAACAUCAGGAGAACUCUCAACCACUCGUGCUUUGGACCGGGAGCAAGUCAGCAAUUUUGCCCUUGCCAUCCUGUGCUCCGACCUGGGGGAUCCACCGAGGAGCUCUAUAGUGCAGCUGCAACUCAGAGUCUUGGAUGACAAUGACCACAGCCCUUCCUUUCCCACACUUCAUUACCAGUCCUCCGUGAGAGAAGAUGCUGAAGUGGGCACUGUGGUUCUUGUGCUCACCGCCGUGGACAAGGAUGAAGGCCUGAAUGGGCAAACUGUGUACUCUCUGACAGAUGAGGCUUCUGGUGCCUUCACCAUUGACCCUGUGGCAGGCACUCUGAGAACGGGCUAUACCCUCGACCGAGAAGCCAGAUCUCAAUAUACAUUCAAGGCUGUGGCCAGAGACUGUAGCAUCCAGGGCUCCAGAAGCACCACAGUAGUUAUAAAAGUAUAUGUUACUGAUGUUAAUGACAAUGAUCCAGUUUGGGAACAAAACCCCUUUGACGUUUUUCUUUCCCCUCAGUUACCUAUAAACCAGACGACUGCCAUUCUGAGAGCCAGUGACCCAGACGUGGGGCCCAAUGGAACUGUCAUUUUUAGUUUUGCAGAGACCCAGUCCAUGUUUUCUAUUAACAAAUAUACAGGAGAGAUUCAGCUUCAGCAAAACCCGUCUUCAGGAUAUUUUCCGAUGUGGCUGCAGCUUAAAGUUAUGGACCAAGGGGUCCCGGCUAGGACAACUGCGGGUCUCUUGGUCGUUCACAUGGAAGGAGCGGAUGUAAAGGUGUCCUUCAGCCACCACCUGUAUAAAGGGCUUGUGACUGAAAAUUGUGAGGCAGGUGCUUCUAUCGUGACUGUAAAAGCUUUUGCCCCCAACUCAAUUCGAGAUAGCAUUAAAUAUGCAAUUUUUAGUGGCAAUGAUGAUGGAGUUUUUUCCCUGGGCCCCAACUCAGGAGAACUCACUGUGAAAGAACCCAAGUUUCUUGAUUUUGAAGUCAGAAAAGAAAUACGACUCGUUGUUUUAGCUGAAAGCAAUGGGCAUAGGGCCUACAGCAGAGUAGCCGUGUUGAUACAAGAUGUGAAUGAUAAUUCACCGCACUUCGGGCAAAGCGUUUACCAAGUACUGCUGUCUGAAGGCCAGUUCUACAAUGCUCCCAUCAUACAGGUUUUUGCUACUGACCUGGACAGUGGGUUGAAUGGCCUCAUCGAGUACUCCAUUCUCCCUGGCAACCAAGGACCAGCGUUCCGGAUUGACGCACAGAGCGGCAUGGUAACAGCAAGUGGGAUUCUGGAUUACGAGUUGACCGACUCCUACAGCUUGAUUGUGCAGGCCACAGAUAAAGGGAUGCCCGGGCUUUCUGGUACUAGUGUGGUCAAGAUACAGGUGACCGAUGUAAAUGACAAUGCCCCAGUUUUUCUUCCCCUUGAAGCAGUGGAAGUUGCAGAAAAUUCUUUGCCUGGUGUUAUUGUGACUCGGAUAUCAGUUCAUGAUGUGGAUCUGAAUUCAGCUUUCAUCUUCAGUUUUGCGAAAGAGGGUAAUCCUGGAACCAAGUUUGCCAUUGAUCGGAACACUGGAGUAGUGGUACUGGUGGAAAUGCUGGAUUUUGAAGAAGCUCCCGAAUAUGAGCUGCUUAUCCAAAUUUCUGAUUCAGUGCACCACACCGAGGGAGUACUUGUCGUCCAUGUGUUGGACAUCAAUGAUAAUCCACCAGUGUUUUCCCAAGAUUCCUACCAGGUCACCAUUCCAGAAUUAGUGCCUGCUGGGGACUCUGUGCUAACGGUGGCAGCCACUGACUUAGAAAGCAACGAGUACAUUUCUUACCGAAUUCUUUCAUCUUCUAAGGAAUUCACAAUUGAUCCUAUGAAUGGCACGAUAUUUACUAACAAUCCUAUAUUACUUCCGGAUAAACAGUCAACAGUUCAAUUUCUUGUUGAAGCCAGUGAUGGUGGAAUUCCUGACCUGAGGGCUCUUACCUUAGUGGAGAUAGAAAUACAAGAUAUGAACAAUUAUGCCCCUGAAUUUUCAGUAGAAUAUUACAAUCUUAGCUUGAGUGAAGAUGCUCAAAUUGGAGGCACGCUUGUCACCUUUUCAACCACUGACCACGACCGGACCCCUGAAAACACACAUGUUGAAUAUUUCAUCAUCGGUGGUAAUUCACAGAACAAUUUCCAAAUGGAAACUAGUCUCAUUCAUUCAGAAUAUGCUGAUAAGCAAGUUGGUUAUCUGGUGCUGCGUCACAGUCUGGACAGAGAAACAUCUGCCAGUCAUAAGCUUGUCAUUCUGGCAUCUGACCAUGGCUGCCCUCCACUGAGUUCCACAACAAUUGUGUCCAUAGAAGUGCUUGAUGUCAAUGACAAUCCACCCAAAUUCAGCAGUCUGAAAUAUCAUGCCCAUGUCAAGGAAAGUACCCCUCUAGGGAGUCACAUCACUGUGGUCUCAGCCAGUGACCGAGAUGUGGGUUUACAUGCAGAAAUCAUCUACCACAUAAUUUCUGGAAAUGAGAAAGGACAUUUUCACCUAGAAGAAAGAACUGGCAUUCUUUAUUUGACUAAGCCUUUGGAUUAUGAAGAAACAAUAAAAUUCACUUUAACUGUCCAAGCUUCAGAUGAAGAAAAGAAAUAUUUUUCUUUUGCAGUUGUGUUUGUUGGUGUCCUAGAUGAUAAUGACCAUGAACCUCAUUUCAUGUUCUCAAGCAUGAACUGUGUUGUUCCUGAAAAUCUGCCUGUUUUCUCUACCAUAUGUUCUAUAAAUGCUUUGGAUUUUGAUGCAGGUCCUUAUGGAGAAUUGACCUAUUCUAUUUUGUCUCCCUGUUCUCUCACACAUGGGGUGCCUCAUGACCAAGAUCCCUUCCUCAUUGACCCUCUAACAGGGGACAUUCAUGCUAAACAGACCCUUGACUAUGAAAAUGACAAUAAAUACUGCUUUACAGUUCAGGCAAAAGACAGAGGUGACUCAGCAGCCUCUUUAGUAGUUUGGGUGGAUAUUGAAGGGAUAGAUGAGUUUGAACCCAUUUUUACUCAAGAUCAAUAUUUUUUCAACCUCCCAGAAAACAGUGUAAGACAGUUGAUUGGCAGAGUAGAGGCAUCAGAUGCAGAUGCCGGUAUCGAUGGUGUCAUUCUUUACUCCCUUGAAGCUCCAUCUCUCUUCUUUUCUGUAAAUAGAAGUAAUGGAAAUAUUUAUUUAACUAGAGCCCUUCCCCUAAUAAGAAGUCAUAUCAGCAAAGAAGACACAAUUGAAAUGAAAAUAAUCGCUCACAGCCCCAAACAGGACUCCAAGUUUGCCUCUUGUACUGUUUUUGUGAAUGUGUCUUUUUCCUCAGAAGGAAUGCACUUGGCCUUGUCAGCUAGCAGCUUCUCCAUCAGCCUCACAGUCUCCUUUUUGGUGUUCCUCUUACUUGUCUUCACCCUGGUUGUCCUGAUUGUAAGACACAAACAAAAAGACACAAUCAAUAAUUAUGAAGACAAGAAGGCGUCAUCACCCUUAGAUAUUAGUAUAAGACUGAGCAGGGAUGCCAGCCUACUCAAGCCCUUCCAGACAACAAAUGAGGGCAGUAAUGAGGCGGUUCCAGCAGACUCCCUGCCAGAAUGGUUGAGUUUAAUAAGUAUCAUGGAAAAGGACGCUGUCAAUCUGUACAGGCACUCAAACUCCAGUGGCCACUGUUCUGUGGAAGGAGAGAGUGCAGAAGAUAAGGAGAUCCAGAGGAUAAAUGAGCACCCUUACAGAAAGGACUCUGGCUCAGCUCUGAGUGACCGGGAGUCCAGGGUGCCAGACUCGGGAGUCCCGAGGGACUCAGACCAGCUCUCCUGCUUGUCUGGGGAAACCGAUGUGGUGGUCACAGCAGAAACCAGCCAGACACUUGAGCAAGGCGAUGGAGGAGAAGGCUGUGGCCCAGCCUACGCCCAAAAUAGUGUGUCACCCCAGACACUAAAGAAGAAAGAGGUAAAAGUGGGCAUCCUGGCUGAGGUCAGGAAAGAGCCUGUCUUUAUUUCAGGUGAUCUAGAAACAAGAUGUGCAGCCCUUUCAACACAGAGAACCUCUGAUCAUGAUGUGAGAGGCACCUAUCACUGGGAUUAUCUCCUCAGUUGGGAACCUGAGUUCCAACCUCUCGCCUCCGUAUUUAAUGACAUCGCAAAACUAAAGGAUGAACAUUUACAUAAACCAGGAAUUCCCAAAGAGAAAAAAUCUUUUGUUUUUCCGCCCCCUUUGAUAACAGCAGUUGCCCAACCUGGAAUCAAAGCAGUUCCACCAAGAAUGCCAGCCGUAACCCCAGAGCAGGUCCUGCAAAAAUACCUGCACUCCCCGCUUCUCCAUCACCCCAAUUCUCUGCCAGGAACCAUGACUCCCAGUUUUUCUCCAUCUCUUUCCUUGUUGACGACACAGACCCCUGCCGUGACUCCACUGUUGUCCUACGGAGGAUCGUUAGGAACCUGUCUAAGUGACGCAUGCCAUGAACUUAAAGCGGAAGAUGAAGUUCGAAUAUAA